AUGUCUCGCCUUCAUGCGUGGCGCCCCCUGGCGCCGGGGCAGCGCCUGGUGACCCCGCCUCCGCCCUACGUUGGCAAAUGGGAGUGCGAGGCCGAGGCGGCGGCGGCCGCCCAUUGGCUGGCGAGCUGCGUGGGCGGGGUGAAGCGGAGCCAAUGGAGUUUCCCCCCUCAGCUGCGGCUCAACAGCAUCAAGAAGCUCUCGACCAUCGCGCUGGCGCUGGGGGUGGAGAGGACCCGCAGUGAGCUCCUGCCCUUCCUCACCGACACAAUCUAUGAUGAGGACGAGGUGCUGUUGGCGCUCGCGGAGCAGCUCGGGACCUUCACUGCCCUCGUGGGGGGACCCGAGUUCGUGCACUGCCUGCUGUUCUGUGAGAACCUGUCCCCGGACUGUCGCGAGGCCGUGAUCAUGGGCCAGAUCCUGCCCUGCAUCAAGGAGCUGGUGUCCGACGCCAACCAGCACGUGAAGUCGGCGCUGGCCUCGGUGAUCAUGGGCCUGUCCCCGAUCCUGGGCAAGGACAACACGGUGGAGCACCUGCUGCCCCUGUUCCUGGCACAGCUCAAGGACGAGUGCCCCGAGGUGCGGCUGAACAUCAUCUCCAACCUGGACUGCGUGAACGAGGUGAUCGGGAUCCGGCAGCUGUCCCAGUCCCUGCUGCCCGCCAUCGUGGAGCUGGCCGAGGACGCCAAGUGGAGGGUGCGCCUGGCCAUCAUCGAGUACAUGCCGCUGCUGGCCGGGCAGCUGGUGAGACUGGGAGCACUGGGAGGGACUGGGAGGGCUGGCCUGGCCAUCAUCGAGUACAUGCCGCUGCUGGCCGGGCAGCUGGUGAGACUGGGAGCACUGGGAGGGACUGGGAGGUAUGACCUUGUAUGGGGGCAGUGA